UUGACUAGGGUUCUUUUCUUCAUGCUUUGCAUGUUUCGGGGCAGGUUUUCCAAAGAGCAGAAUUCAUAAGAAUAAACAAAAAGUAUGGAGAAAAAGAGGCUCAGUGACUUGCCAGAUGAAUUGCUCUUAAAGAUAUUGUCAUCCCUUCCUAUGUUUAAAGAGACUUUAGCAACACGUCUCAUAUCAAAACGUUGGAAAGGUCCUUGGAAACUGGUGCCGGAUGUCAUGUUUGAUGAUGAUGAUACACCAUUUAAAAGUUUUGAGACUUUUAUGAGUUUUGUUUAUGGAUCUUUGUUGUCUACCGAUGCUCAAAUUCUAGACAGAUUGCAUCUCAAGCUUAACCAAAACUAUUCUGCUUCGGACAUCAAUUUUUGGGUUCAAAUCGCGGUUAACCGAUCUGUGAGAGAGCUGAGAAUCGACCUGUUUGGCAAAACCCUAGAAUUGCCGUGUUGCUUGUGUUCUUGUAGAACCCUAAAAGAAUUGACUCUACAUGGAUUAUGUAUCAAGAUUGUUCCUCCUUCGUUUCGUUUGUCAUCACUCGAAGCGUUGCACCUUCUAUCGGUUAAGUUCUUGGGCGAUGAAUCUGUUGCGAGUCUUUUAAAAAUCUGCCCUGUUCUUGAACAUUUGGUUGUAGACCAAAUCAAAAAUGACAACGUGAAGAUAUCCAAUAUCGAUGUGCCUACUUUGAGGAACUUAUCUAUUAGGAAUUCGAAAGGGAAACACGGGAAACGCACAUACGUUGAGGGAAGUAAUGGAUUUGUGAUCAAAGCUCCUUCAUUGACAGAAUUGAACUUUGAGGAUACAUUGAGUAACUUUACAAUGUUUGAACCUAUGCCUGAGGUGAUCAAAGCGAAUAUUCAGGUUAUUUGUGACCAAUCUGAGAACUUCAUAGGGUCUCUUACCUCAAUCCAACAUCUUUCUCUUUGUUCUCUAACUUCAAAGACUCCAUAUCCUGCUUGCACUGUUUUCUCGUCUCUUAAACAUCUAGAGCUAUGUACAUGUUCUGCGGGAUGGGCAAAUCUACUUGCUUGUAUACUCAAUGCCGCGCAAGAACUUCGAUCUCUAAAGCUUAAGUCGAAACAUAGUGCCAAAUACAGUGAUCCGAUGAGCCUCUGGAAAGAACCAACAGUUGUUCCCGAUUGUUUAUCGAAGCACCUAGAGAUCUUGGAAUGGAGACAAUAUGAAGGCACAGAGCAAGAGAGGAAUGUGGCUGAGUACACACUAGCAAACGCUACUUGUCUAAAGAUGGCGACGUUCUCGACAAGAUGUAGAAACAAAAAUCAUCGCAUGUUAAAGAAGUUAAAGUCUAUGGACAGAGUUUCAAAGACAUGUCAGCUUGUGUUUGACUAAACUCUUAUGUGAUGGUUUUGGUCUUUAGAAAACAGAGUUUCUUAGUUUUCUUCUUCCUUUCUUCUGACUUUAUUUUUGGUGUUUGUGGGUUUUGUUUUCUGAUCUCCGGAUCUUCUUUUAUUUGUGAACACAGAACAGUUUUUGUUUACAUAUUUGAAAACUUUACACUAUUCAAUACUUUUCAUGCAUUUCAACAAGAUAAUCAGAACAUAGAGAUUCGUAAAACUAAAACUAAAACAAAGUAGAUGGGAUUUUUCCAAAAACUAAUAAAAUGAAAGAGUUUCUUUAUGACGCCAAAAUCUGAGAUUUUCACUACUCCUUUAUGGUUUACAAGAAGCCUAGUUUGAUGGUUUAUUAAUGUCUCUGUGUUUUUUUUUUAUACUAAAAUUAUUGAUGCAAAAUCUUUUUGUUGUACUGUAUUAAUGGGUUAUUAAUUCUAUUUUAAUAAUCAAAAUUUAUAAGGAUUCACUGUAUACGUAUAUAUUUUCUUUGAAAUCACUAAAAUAUACUUAAGAUUUUGAAGUUAUCUUCACUAUUAAAAAAUUUAAUUAUUAAUUUACAGUAUGGAAAUUUUCAGGUCAGGCCCUAGUCCAAGUAAAAUGGAAAUGUAGUUAAAUUAGCAUUUAUAAAAAAAAGUAAAGAAAAUUACAAUUAAUCAAUUAGAA